CGGGCGGCUGCACUCCCCACUGGUGUGCGAACCACAACAAACGGCGACGACGCGACAACGAAUGGCACCAGAGUCAGAAUAAAAACACAGAACCAGACAGCUGCAGAUAUGGGCAAGUCCCAGUCACACUUGGCCAAGCACAAAGACGAGAGUCAGGACGCGCUGACGGCUAACGGCGAGUACAGAGACGGUCAAACGGAGGAAGAUGGAAAGAAUGGCGACGUAUCUCAGUUCCCCUACGUGGAGUUCACCGGACGGGACAGCGUCACAUGCCCUACGUGUCAGGGCACCGGCAGAAUCCCACGAGGCCAAGAGAACCAGCUCGUGGCUCUGAUUCCAUACAGCGACCAAAGGCUCAGGCCAAGCAGGACAAAGCUGUAUGUCACGAUAUCGGUGGCACUUUGCCUGCUGCUGUCUGGCCUCGCCGUUUUCUUCCUAUUCCCUCGCUCUAUUGAUGUCUCCUACGUGGGAGUGAAGUCUGCCUACGUCUCCUACGACCUGGACAAACGAAUCGUCUAUCUCAACAUUACAAGCACUCUGAACAUCACCAAUAACAACUACUACACCGUAUCUGUGACCAACAUCACAGCCCAGGUGCAGUUCUCUAAGACGGUGAUAGGCAAGGCCAAGUUCAACAACAGCUCGGUGAUCAUACCGCUGGAUGAACGGCAGAUCGACUACACAGUCCCCACCACCAUUGCCGAUGAGAUGAGUUAUAUGUUUGACUACUGCACCUUGCCAACCAUUAAAGUCCACAACAUAGUGGUCAUGAUGCAGGUGACGGUGACGACGUCGUACUUCGGCCACGCGGAGCAGGUCUCCCAGGAGAUGUACCAGUAUGUGGACUGUGGGGGGAACACCACCUCCUUGCAUGGGCACGUUCAGGUCUACCAGUAAGGCAAGCAGAAAAGCCCAGGCGUCACAUACUGCUGUGGCUUCCAUGUAGGAAAUCUCAGCGAUAACGGAAUAACGGACAGGGACAUAACUUUUCUUAAAUUAGUCACAUGGCUCAUCCAUUCCUAAAAAUUCCCAACCACUUCUUUGUUUUCCUUUUAAGUGUGACAUUUGGAUGAGCUAUUGUGGUUGUUUACUGGUCAAACAGGCUGGUAAAAGCAGACAAUCUGAACCUGCCACAGCCAGAAUUAAUGAGCUCUGUAGUCAUUUCUCACCCUGGUGCCAACAGAAUAGAUAUUAUUUAAUGUUCACAUUUAUUAGUAGGCAUUCCCAUCAUGUUUACACAGUCACUCCUCAACAAUUAAAUUACUGGAAGCAGUAGUUUCAGUUAUGAAGCACUUUACCCUGAUCAUUAUCUACAGAUAUUGAUAAUAAUGUUGUAUGAGUGCAAAGGCUGCCCGCCCCGACUGCUCCAUACCACUGUUAACGACAAAUACAGCAACUGAAGGUACAAGAAGAGUUUUCUGACACAAUGAAAAACCACUGAGCUGUUCCUCUCCACUUCCUUAUGCCCUUUUUUUCAUUCCUUCCUACAGCCACUCUCUCUCUUUGUUUCAGAAAAACAUGAUUCUUGAUAUUGUAUCGUGCAAUAUAGACGACGUAUUAUCUUAUGUCAUUUGUUUGUUUUUGUUCUUUAGGUCUUUAAUUUCAGCUUAUUCAUCCGAGUGAUUUAAAAGCAAAUGUCACUACUGUGAAGACUCUUACAUGAUUAGUUACGAAACAACUUUGUAAAAAAAAAAAAAAAGGGAUAUUUUUAAUUUCAUAGUAAAAAUGUGGGAGCUUUACAGUGGGAUUUAAAAAUACAGGAAUGUGUAAAUGUAAAAUAUGUCCUUCUUGGCUUGCUUCAGUACUUGUUAUAUCAAGAAUAACUGCUGGUGUGGGAGCAACUUUCCUUCCUUUUUUUGCGGUUGUCCUAUUUUUGUGGGCUGCGGUGUCAUUCGCAAUAAUGUGUUUGCUAUUUUAAUCCCCUCUGCUGAUCUGUAACUUGUCUCAUGAGCUGACUGCUAUUCCUUGAGUUUUUAUUUUUUAACAUUUUUAUGACUUCCUUUAUUACAUCAUGGUAUCAUUUUGGAUUGGAUUUAUUAUUAAGUGAAUAUUCAUACCACAAACAGAUCAUGUAAUGUACUGAAGAACUUCACAUAACGUCGAAAUACCCUAAAUGUGAAUUAUUUAAAUUAUGGUUUUUUUUGUGAUUCCACAGGUCAGAUUAAAUACUAAUAUACAUUUAUUAUUUUCUGACUGUUAAUAAAAUGUAUUCGCAAAUAUCAUAAGAAAAUCCCCAGAUCCAAUCCUUCUUGAUAUGUGAUGAUAAAACAGUGUAGAUGUGAAUCUGUUACCGACAAGUUUUUGUGUUUUUCAUGCAUGUAGCUGAAAAUAAAAUCAUGACUCAUUUUCAA